AAAAAUAUUUGGGCUCUUACUUAUUUAGCAAUAAAACAAACCUCUAAGAAAUUAAAAUUUAAAAGAAAAAGAGAUGUGAAAUACUAGCAAGAAAUUUUACCUUUUUUUAAGGGGGCGAUUGGUGAAAAUCCAUGAUUAGACGGGCGUGAUUCUCAUAUCGACAAGGACGGUUCAGAUCAACGGCCAAGAGGAUCCCACGUCAUGUUACAGCAAGCGAGAAACAAACGGCUAGAAGUCGCCCCACGUGUCCUCAUGGGUACGUUCCAAGAAACUAAGAUCUGACGGUCCAAAACACCAACCCCGAAACGAACGGCUUCCGUAAACCCACGUGUUUCCACGGAUGCAUUCCAAGAAUCAAGUCCAACGGCUGAGAAUCAUCGCCUCUUCAUCGAAGUCCCCACCCCCAAAAAGAAGCAAGCGCGAACGAAAAAGGAGCCAUUUUUAUGCCGCAAAACCCCGGCCAAGCUCCUCAGCUGGCUUCCCAGAAUUCCCACAAAUCCUAGAUAAUUCCCCCAAAUCUCUUCUUCUCCGAUGAUCUCCGAGCUGUUCUGAAUCUCCGGAGCUAUCGAAUUUCAUGGCGGAUUCAGACAACGAGUCGGGAGGGGCGAAGGAGCAAGAUAGGUUCUUGCCGAUCGCCAACGUGAGCAGGAUCAUGAAGAAGGCGCUUCCGGGGAACGCGAAGAUCUCCAAGGAGGCCAAGGAAACGGUGCAGGAGUGCGUGUCGGAGUUUAUCAGCUUCAUCACCGGCGAGGCCUCCGACAAGUGCCAGCGAGAGAAGCGGAAGACCAUCAAUGGCGAUGACUUAAUCUGGGCCAUGACGACACUAGGGUUUGAAGAGUAUGUGGAGCCUCUCAAGUUAUAUCUUCAGAAAUUCAGAGAGAUGGAAGGGGAUAAGCUUGGACCUGGCUCAGCACAGCAGCACAAGGACUCUGGGAAUGGCGGCGCCAUUGCUAACAAUGUGAAUUCCAUGUUCAUGUAUGGAAGUGGGAGCUCUACUUCUUCAGCUGCACGACAAGGAAGAAUAUGAGUAUGAACUUCUUUUUGAAUUCUGUCUUUGCAUUGAGAUGAACAAGAUUGAGAUUAAAAAUUUGAGCUUGGUGAUGAGUUUUAGUUUUUGUACAAUGAUACUUGCUAUGUAGAGUGUGUGAAUUUGUUUCUUAAAUGAAUUGGGUUUUCUGUUUGUCUUCAA